AUGACUGGAACUACCUUCAAACCAUGCUUUUUCGGUGUCGGAAGAGGAGCUAAGAUGGGCAUAUACGCCAUUACAGGCCUCGGUACUGACCUACGACUGCCACCGAGGCCGGCCGGCCACAGAAGCCUCGGCCAGCCAAGGUCACGAACGAAUGAGCCUUUUGAUUUGGAUUCCGCCGACAAGCAGCAACCGUAUCUUAAGAAUGACUUGAACAGCUUGAGUGACGGAGUCUCCGGCUUCAGGACGCCCUCAACCGCCUAA